AUGGAUCUCCCACAAGAACAGCUCCAAUUUCUCCACAUAGGAAACAUCUUAGAUGAGACAAUAAAAAUAACUGCAAAAUCACCUAAAACAUUCUUGCUCGUAGCCCUAACCCUAAUUCUCCCCCUUUCCCUAGCCAUAUUGUGCAAUUCCAUUUUCACAUUUCCCCUAUUUCUGCUAAUUGAUAUAUCCCACCCCAUAAAAUUCCUCUUCAUAUACGAAAUCUAUCAUAUAAUUCUCAUCGUACUCGCAAUCCUCUCCACAUCUGCUGUUGUUUUCAUCUCAGCUUCCAUUUACACUUCCAAGCCCGUCUCUUUCUUAUCCACAAUGUCCGCUAUUCCAAACUUGUUCUCACGUCUCUUUAAGACCUUCCUAUGUAUUUCUUUACUAAUGUCUGUUUACAACCUGCUAAUUCUCCUUGUUAUUAAUCUUGUCACGUUCCCCGAAUCCUCCGAUAAAAUCUUUAUCAACUUACUCUUUAUCUUCUUCAUAUUCGCUAUAGCACUGGCACUUGUUCAUGUUCAAGUUUACAUUACUGCAUUGUGUUUUAUGGCUAGUGCGGUUUCUGUUCUUGAACCUGUUAAUGGGUUUUCUGCAUUUAAGAAAAGUUACCGGCUUUUGAAGGGAAAAACAAUGAUGGUUUUCUUUUUGACAUAUUUUUAUGUGCUUCCUUCUGUUGGUAUGAAUAUGGUUUCUGGAAUUGUGGUGUUUGCUGAUGUGGGAGAUCCAGUCAGUUUGGUGUUUAGGAUUGUUUCUGGUGGAUUUUUGGUUGCUUUCUUUGUGCUUUUGAAUUUGGGUGGUUUAGUGACGAUAAGUGUGCUUUAUUAUGUUUGCAAGAGUUAUCAUUGUGAAACAAUUGAUAAGACUGCACUUUUUGAUCAUCUUGAAGGAUAUCUUGGGGAAUAUGUGCCUUUGAUGAGUACUAGUAAUAGUAGUAGUACCAUUCAAAUGGAGAUUGUGAAUCUAUAG